AUGCUUUCCUCUUUCUUCCAACAACUGAUCAACAAAAGAGGAGAAGUGAUUGAUGUGCACAACAGCCUGCAGAUGGUGACAGUGGGCACUGCAUACACCAGCCACAACCUCACCAUAUCUGGUAUCAUGCUGCUGGCACAGCCAGCUGUGAGCUGUGCAGUCAGGGCCAGAAAUGACCAAGAUACCCGGGGAAAAGGCCACAGGUCCAUAAAGAGCUUGGAGCUGACCAGGUUAUCCCAGAAACUGAGGAGUAGCUGGUCUAAAACUAUGUCAGGAGAGAGAGAGAGACAGCGUGACAGCUGA